AUGUCUUCCAAAGUUAAGACACAGAAGCAGCAAUCUCCGGAGCCUCAGCCGUUUCAGAUUACGUCACUUCCAGAUGACAUCCUCAUUGAUAUCGUAGCACGUGUACCGAGAAGCUAUUAUCCGACAAUCUCGCUUGUUUCAAAGAGUUUCUCGUCACUCGUUGCAUCACCUGAGCUAUACACGAGACGAUCCUUGUUAGGCUGCACAGAACACUGUGUCUAUGUUGUCAUGGGGGAUAACCAUUUGUAUUUUCUCCACAAUAAUCGUUUGGUCCUUAUUCAGUCGCUUUCUCGUAUGCCGUUCAGUGCAAGCUAUGUCGCGGAGAAUUCCAAGAUAUAUAUGGUAGAUGGAUGUUACGAUGGUAAAAUCGAAAUCCAUUGCAUCGAUUGUAUAUCUCACAAGAUGCAUCCCAUCUCCAACAUUCCUAAGCUCAUGGUUAGUACGGUGCAGGCUGGAAUCAUCGAUGGGAAGAUUUUCAUAGUAGGAGAUAAUUUGACUGAUGACAAACAAAAAGGGUCGAGCAGAGUCGUGGUGUUGGAUACAAAAACUCAAGUGUGGGAGUCUGUGUUGAUAAAGCCAGACAUGAGGGUAGGCUACUUGUGGUUUGAUCCUGUGGUGAUGGAGGAUAAGAUGUACAUGAAAGAUGAUGAUAAAAGCUUUGUUUAUGGGCCAAAAGAAAAUAAGUGGGAACAAGACGAGAUGCUCAAUUCUAAGAGAUGGAAGGGUGCGUGUGUGGUUGAGGAUGUGUUGUACUAUCACGAUACUAAAGAGAACAUGUUAAGAGCGUAUGAUCCAAAGCACAAGUGUUGGAAAGUGGUGAUAGGUUUGGCAGAUUUGUUGCCUAAGAUGGCCAGUUCAUUGUGUUCCAAGACGGUUAAUUACGGUGGGAAAUUGGCUAUCUUCUUCAAUACAAAUUGUGACGUCUCGGAAAUAACAAAUGAGAUUUGGUGUGCGGAGAUUGCUUUGGAAAGACGCCUAGGAGAAGAGAUUUGGGGUGAGAUGCAAUGGUGUGAGGUUGUGCUUAGUGGUGGGAGUUCUUACAUAAGAAAAUGUUUAGCUGUUACGGUUUGA